AGAGAAACACUAGUGCCUGGAAAGGUGCAUGCUCUGUGAGGAAAAUCCUAGCCCAAUCCAACAACAGCUCAUCACCCAGCGGGUUAAGCCCAGAGUGAUCAUGUGGGUUCUGGAGAAGAUCCGGGACUCUGUUGAAACAAAUGUGCUCCGGCAAGGAGAGACGGGUGAUAAACAGGGCAAGGCGCCUGUCUAUAGCAACGUCCUCACACCUGAUAAGAUUCCAGAUUUCUUUAUCCCCCCAAAGCUGGUAAGCUGCCCACCAGAGCCUGAGGCAACAGACGUCAAGUCCAAAGAAAGUUUGCGACCCUCAACAUCUGAGCAAACCAUCAGCAACAAGAAUAUCAGCAGCCCUCGUAGCCCACGAUUGGUCAGCAAGUUGGCCGGAGACACUAAAAACCUGCUUAGGGCCGCUAACCGCCACAUCAUUCAAAUUGAGAGUGCAGAUGAAGUCGUAGCAGGUGAUACAAAUGCAGACCCUCAAUCACAGACCGCCAUGUCACUGCCGUACAUUCCAAAGACUCAGACCUCUUACGGCUUUGCAACGUUAAUGGAGAGUCCCCACACUCGGCGGAAAGAAUCCCUGUUCCACUGUGACCACACCAGCCCAGUAACCUCGCCCAACACCCAACGCAAGUCCCAAAGCAAGAGCAGCAAUGAGGGGAACCACCUCAAUCCUCCAGACUUCAACACAUCUCACAUAAACCCCUACCGUUACUUCAGUGGUGGUGAGAGCGACACUUGCUCUUCAGCAGAAUCUUCCCCAUUUAGUUCACCCUUGCUGUCCCGUUCCGCAUCCCUUCUGAAGAUCUUCACCCAUGACACGCAAGCCAAGGUUGCAAAAGGCAAGAGGACAUUCGCCAGACAUAGUUCCCUGUCCACGGAUGAAUGCAGUUCAGCGGAACCAAGCCCUAAUGUUCCCAGACGAAGCCACUGUUCCUCUUUGCAAGGUGGUGGAGCUCUUGAACAUCUGCAUGGUACCGACCGUCAACACAAGGAACACACCAUCAACAUGCACAAAAGAGGCACCGUCCGGCUUUUUGCAGAUUACGAUGCAGGUACGGCCCGCUUGCGAAUUCGUAUAAUGGCAGCUGAGGACUUGUAUGACCCAAUGUUUGAUAUAAAGAGCAUCAACUGCUGCGUGUCGCUCUACCUCAAUCCAGGCAAGUUGCAGAAACAAAGGAGCACAAUAAUCAAGAACAGUCGCAAUCCCGUCUUCAACGAGGACUUCUUUUUUGAUUCAGUCACUUCGGCUCAGGUAAAAAAUCUAGCUCUGAAGAUCAAGGUUGUGAAUAAAGGAACUAGCCUGAAAAGAGACUCCCUGUUAGGUGAGCGAGAGGUUGCUUUGUGCAAGCUCUUGUCUGGAUUUUAGGCCUUCAAUGCAGCCUACAAAGGGACUUCAAAGGUGGAAUAAUGUCUUCUGUAAUAGAUAUUUGCUUUGUUGUCUCUCAUGUAGCCUGACACAGUGGUUGACUUAGUAUUCAGAAAUGACAAUAAUCACCACCUGCUCAAGAUCAAGAUACACUAUCUGCAUAGCUCUGAAUUUGUUGCCAGUGAAUAUAGAAAAUCAAAAGUCUUUUUGUGUAUCUUCCUUAUUUUUGUUCUACACAUUGAGCCUAAUUAAGACGGAGCAUUUACCUUUUUGAUUGUAAAACCUUUUUUCAAAAGCUGCAGUCCUUUGAAACAACACAAUGGCUCUCUGUGCUAAUGUUAGCUUUGAUCCUGGAUUCAUCUGCCGGCUAAUUUUGAGGAUAAAUAACCAGACUAAACAAUGUUGCGCCACACUGCAUGUGUUGUCAGACAUUAGCGUAACUUGUAAAUGCAAUGACGUAUUCUUGCAACAAUGUGCUGAAUGUCAUUUGGUGAAACCCAGAAGCCUUACUAAUGAGAAGACUGAUUUUGCAUGCUUAGAUUUGCUCAUAGUGCACCAUUUUUUGAUUGAGGAAAUAAUUUCUGACUAAUAAUUAUCUGUAUUUGAUGAAUAUCAACAUUUAAAUUGAGUGUUCUGGUUUGCACUCUCUAUGAAGAGCCUUUUAUGAGAAAGUUAACAUAAAACACUUUCUUUUGAAAGUCUUUCCAUUUUGAAUGUAUGUGCUGCAUUUGUCAUUAUGCAAAUGAUUGAUUUUAAGUGAUAUUAUAGCUCUGUUCCAUAACCUAUUGAGCUGCCUCACUGUCAACUGCCUACAUAAGCAGCUGCCUGCUAAAGGCUAGGAUACACGUAAUUUUUAUGUGUGCCAUUACGUCUUGCACAUGGUCAAGCACUCAGCCACAGACCACGCAUACUGUGCUGAUGACGAAAUUAACAUUAUAAGCACUAUGCAUGAGACGUACUGUACAGCAGAAGGAAAACCAUUAAACCGCAGUAUGCUUUGGCCUUAAGGCAGAAUCCUAGCGGAAAUGGAACCUCAAAAGUGAGUGAUUUUGAGCGCUCUACAUAGACAGCAACUAAACCAAUUAUACAAAAAUGAUUGAUUCCAAUAGAUUUUGCCAUUAGCAUGUUGCUAAACUAACUGUGUGAUGCUCUGUUAAGCAUAAAAAUAUAUAAGACCCACAAAUAUUGGGAAAUAUUACUUUUGGAAACCAAGAAUUAUAAAAAAAAAGAAAUACAUUGACCGUUUGAUUUUCACAACUUUCGGUUCCGUUAAUGGUUCUUGUGCUUACAAUCUUACGUCAGUGGAGACUGAACACUUUAUUAAAAUAUUCUGACAGUGUUUCCUGCAGUGCAUUUCUGUGGCAGCGCAGCCCCCUACAUAAUCUACAGCAUAACAGAUGCAGCAAAUCAAGUGUUUUCUGAUUCCUGAACGAUUUAAUCUUAUGUGCCGGCUCUUUUGGAUCUACAGCAUGAAACGCAAAUCCUGUUGUCUGAUUACUGGACAACUUACUUCAUUGAGCGGUUCCUUUUAAUGUGGAGCGUGAAACAUCCAACGCUUCCAAUGUUGUCCGAUCCUGAAGAAAUGACUCUUAUGAGUCAGAAAUAAAUACUUAAACAUCAGUCAGAGUGGUUACUGAAUUAAUCUAGUAAUGAUGCGCAAGUUAUGAAUAUCCGACUCGAAGUCUCACAAGCAUGAUGUACAACAUUAGACUGCAUAACACAGUCUAAACUGUCUCUGGAACUGUUUCUGUGCUUUUUCAUGUUCUUCACACCAGUGAGACUUGAACUGGUUGCUCAAGUGACAAUAUCACAUUUCUUGUUUGUUUACUAAUUUAUUUUCUAUGUGGUUAGAAACAAUUAUUGGAUUGCAUUUAUGCCUCUGAAAAGUAUGCAAAUGUGCCUUUCACAAGAAUUGUAUGACAUUUAUUUCUGAUUUGUUACGUCUACUCUGUAGAAAUGUAAAAUUAUCUCAUUAUUUGGCAACAGGCUACUGAGGGCAGUAAAUGCAAUAAGAAUUACAUUUCUUAUUUUCAAAUAAUUCUUCCUCGAAAGUUCUGAAAGAAUCAUUAAGAGGAAUUGGAACCGCAAGUAAUAAUGCAUGUUUAAUUACAUUGGAGUAAAUUUGAUCUAGACUUUAGACUUUUAUUGACUAAAAUAAAAGGAUAGGGUACAACAGGGCUAAAGUCUCUGAGGUAAAAGGCUCCUUUUGAUUUUAUUUUCUCCCAAAAAAAAACCUUUCCUAAACACUUGUUUGUCACUAUACGCUGGAACAUUUUCCUGAUCCGUGAGAUCUUUGUGUGUAAUGUCUAAAGGAUGAUUGUGAGGCAAUUUGAUAAUAUAUUAUAUAUUUAAAAAAUAUAUUUACUAAUGAAAAACAAAUUUAUUUUGAGACAAAACACUUAUUUAUAAUGUUCAGUUUUGUUAAAUGUUAUUAAAUAUUUUUUUUUUUCAAUAAAUAACAAAUAAUUGAAAGGAUAGUAUUUGGGGUAAAACGCCCCCCUGUCGCAGGGGUUAAAGGCCUCUAUUAAACACAUGAUUUUUGAAAGUGGAGAUAAUAGAUUUGUUCUGAAAAAUGUUCAGAGUGGCUCACAUUGACUCAUCCAAUCAUAAUAGAGAUUAGUUUGUUUAUAGAAUAAUUGAGAUGUAAUAAAAUGCCAAAUGUGUUUGAAAUGAACAGGAAAGGGUGACUUUUCAUCUAAAUUUGUUACUCAAAAAAGCAUCUUGCUGUCUCAAAUUUGUUUGCAUUAGUUGACAAAUUGUGCCCUUUAACUAUUGCCCCUUUAUCAACACAAGAUCAUUUUAAACCCCCUAGAGGUCCAAGUUUACCCCAAGUGAUGGAGACUUUCACCCCAGGUGUGGGGUAAAUGUCUCCCUCACCAAUUAAAAAAAAAGAAAGAAAAAUUUAAUUUAAUUGAAACAAUCUUCUGUUAUUAUUUCAUUUCUUUACACACAAAUUAUGUUGCUCUAUCAAUUAUCAAUAAAAAAAAAAUAUAUAUAUAUUUAUUUUACCUUGAUACAUUGUAUCAUACAUGCAACCAAAAAAAAAGCAGGGUGACUUUAGGCUCGUUGUACCCUAUUUAUAAUCAACUUGCAUUUUAAUUCACCAUCUUGGGUUAAUUGUUUUCAGACAGGAUACAUCUGCAAAAAUGUCCCAUCCAUCUGCGCUGUUUUUCAAUUGUUUUUUCUAUGAAAACAUGAGCUAGAUGGACUUCUUUGACCUUUGCGCCUUGUCUCACUUUUCUUUCAUUUUUGGAUGCUGUCUCAAUUUAAAAAGAACUUCAGCUUUUAUAAACCUUUCUCAAAACACCUGUUCCCUUCGUUGCAAUUUUUCUAGCUUUUUUAGAAGCAAGGACACAUUCAGUGUGACCACAUUCAGCCUUCAUGUCAACGCUGCAUCUAUGAUGCCUUGAAAUGCUGCCUACGGAGGCAGCUCACUAGAUUUGUUUAAACAGAGCGUAUAUGCUAAAUCCACAGACAAGUAAAAUUAAAUACGUCAAUUAAUUUAUGAUAAGCAAUAUUUUUCCCCAUUUCCAUUGCUGAAUAAUAUCAAACAAAAUUAUACAAAUGUAGGAAGAGUUCACUUCCUUCCAUCUUUAAGGUGCAUUAGCUGGCAAGAGCUUGUUAAAAUGCUGAUAAAUGGCAAAGAUUGCCCCAUUGAUUCCAGUGAAUAGCAGAUUAGUUACACAAACUAUUUAAGGAUGGACAUGAACAUGAUCUGUGGAUUGUGCCGUAAUUACGGAGUGCAAAAAGCAUGUAAAGCUUUUCAUUUUUAUUCAAGUGUUUCAUUAAGUUUUUAAUUUCCUAAACUACUCGAAUGCUGGAGUUUUCCUGUUUUAACAGGUGCAUUUUGCAAAAUGAAGAAAGUGCCAAUCCUAUGUACUUGAUGUAGAAGUAAAUUGUUCAUCUGUCAUUUCCUGUGAGUAGUUCAUGCUGGACUUUGUCGACUCUGGUGUUUGUAACUUGUGUUCAUGGUUAAUAUAUUUACUAUAAUAUUUUACUAUAUAUAAUUAUAAGUGUGAGCUGUUUGAUGGAGAUUUCAAUGUACUAUGUUUUGUUUUCUACACUCCUGCAUGAAUAUUCAACUGGUGUAUUUGUAUCUUA